UUUCCCAGCGUUCAUGAAGGCGUCGCUGUUGUUCCGCGCUUUCGGGUGUGCGGCUCGCGGAGGAGAGUCCCGGAUGUCGGUCCUUGCCUGACGACUCUGCCCGGAGAGACCGGACACGCUCCCUCCCGCCCGGCUGCUGUCGCCAUGGCCUCUGACACUUCAGGCUGUGCGUGUGCGCGCGCUUGUGUGUACGUGCGCGCGCCUGCCGGCCACACCUUCCUCCUUGGCCCCACGGGAAGCACACGCAUCAAGCAGACGUCAGAAUAGCAACUGGAGAUCACUGACAAAGUGGAGAAAGACGUGAGACAGAAGAAAGGACUUGACAGAGAAGAGGGCAAGACGUUCGUGAAGAAGAGUCAGAAAAGUUGCGAGCAGAAUACAGAGGAGAGCCCAUUUCGGAGGAAUUGGAGAAGUGAGUAGAACAAAGUUGUGAAGGAGAAAAAAAAGUUGUUGAAGGUAGCAGUCAAAAUUGGUGUGAAAAAUAAGGAGAGAAGUCAUUGUGGAGGAGGAGGAGAGGACGACAUGAGAGGGGCGCCCAACUUGACUGCGGCGCCGUCUUCAGAUUUUGAAAGUUGUCUGUUUGUGUGGUCUGAUCAGUGUGUCAUUGUGUGUCCCCUCUUCCUCCUGCGACCAGUCACGGCGGAGGCGGUGGGCUUCCUGUCGGUGGUGGGCGUGUUCAUCGCCGCCCUGGCACUUGUCUUCCUCUUCAUCAAUAAGAUGCUCUGCUUCUCCAAUGUGGGCAGAACUCCGUGCAUGGAGCAGCAGCAGCGCCGGCCCUCAGGGAGCCAGCGGCCGCCGGGGGUCCGGCGCGGUCUCGUCAAGAGCUGGAGUGUGGAUGGCAGCCAAUCAUCCUCAGACAGCGACAACCAAGUGAUGAAGCAGUUUGAGAUCUCGGUGUCGCGAGCACACAGUUUGCGUUCGGAGCGGCUGCCUCCGAGAGCGGCCAGAUGCCGCGACAACUUUGCCGGUUCGUCGGAGCGACGGAAUGCCAACUCUCGCCCGUCCGAUUGUGAAGACGAUUUCCCACCGGCCGUCACGGAGGCGACCGCUGAACGCAGCCUUCAGGAGGUGGCGCCAGAUGGAACUCAGUCACCGCCGCAGCACUCAGAGAGCCCAACCGCCGGCGAACCGUUCAUGUCGGAGGACGUGGGGCACCGGGACACGGCCAACGGCUCUGCCCCGUGGACGCCUCAGGUCCUGUCGCGGUCAACCAGAAAAGAAGAGCCAGGGGCCGGUCCAAGUGUCAGCUGCGCUCCCUUUGUGUUGCCUGCCCAGGACGAAGACACCGCCCCGCCGCCGCCCACCUGCCCAUCCCCUCCACGAUGCGUCUCCAAGUGCUGCGACCUGCUGGUCUCACUGGAGUACCGAGCAGCCGGCGAGAAGCUGCUGGUCACAGUGGUGUCGGCGCGAGACCUUCCCGACCGACGGCGGAGCGGGGCAGACAACUGGCAGGUGCACGUCGUCCUCAUGCCGGCCAAGAAGCAGAGACACAAGACCUCGCUCAGUCGGGUGGGCUCCGACUUUGGUCUGGACUUUGGCCAGACCUUCGCUCUGACGCGGGUUGAGACCUCCCGGUUGGCGGCGUCGGCGCUCCGCUUCCGCAUGUACGCCCUGGAAGGCAGGAUACUCCGGCGGCGGAUGAUGGGCGAGAAGCUUCUGCCCCUGGCCGGCCUGGACCAUACGGCGGGAUCUGUCGAUGUGCAACUGGUGCUGGUGCCUCGCGGCAACAUGGAGAGCGUGGACUCAGAGCUGAGCCUGGCCGGUGAUGGCGCCUCGUCCUCGCACGAAUGCGCCGAGCUCCUGAUGGGCUUGUCCUACAGUGCUGCCACUGGGAGGAUGUCGGUGGAAAUCAUCAAGGGCAGCCGCUUGGGGAGCAUGGCCGCCGGCAGACCUCCGGACACGUUUGCCCGGUUGACGCUGCUCAACUCAGUGGGCCGGGAGAUCUCCCGCUGCAAGACGUCGGUGCGGCGCGCCCAGCCCAACCCGGUGUUCAAGGAGACCUUCGUCUUCCAGGUAGCGCUCUUCCAGCUGUCAGACGUCACGCUCAUGACAUCUGUCCACGGACGGCGCAGCCUCAAGCGCAAGGAGAUGAUCGGCUGGGCCGCCCUGGGCCAGAACAGCAGUGGCGAGGAGGAGCGCCUUCACUGGAGGGACAUGAAGGAGGCGCACGGGACGCAGGUGUGCAGGUGGCACGUCCUUCUGGAUGCCUGACCGACGCAAGCUCCUUGCCUUUUGUGUGCUGAAUGUGCUCGGGUGGCUUUGGGCCAAGAGUAAAGUAGCACUUGCUCAAGAAUCCUCUUGGAUAUUUCCAAAAGAAAAGCCAAGCUUUUCCACAUUCGCCAUGGAGUGUAUUCCGAUUAGAAUGUUUCAGAAAGCCCAAACGGAGCCAAAAUGCUGCAAAUAUCCUCAUUUCCAAGCAAACAAUGGCAAGAGGACGCUAACUUGUCUUGCAUGUGUUAUGGGCAGCACUUUUUGACAUCAACUGGCAGGAAGCUUUGUAUUCGAACAAGUGUUGCUGGGAAUGAGCGCUUGUGCAAUCGUUGUACAUAUGAACCACUUGACUGGGGCCUAAUUCAGCAUUUCUUGUUUUCUGUUCAACUGCCCCAGAGGCAAAUAUUUCAACUGUAAAUAGUAUCAUUUAUCUAUAAAAUUGUAAAUAUACCUCUGCAUGACAUUGUAUCCCUCAUUGACAUUAAAUGAAUAAAAUAAAAUAGAGAUCAA